AUGACAGUCAACAACAGCAACAACAACAACAACGGCGAGAGGCUGGGCAGUGGCACGGCUCGCCUGUUCGUUGGUCAGCUGAACUUUGACGCCACCGAGCAUGAUCUCCGCCAGAUCUUCUCCUUUUAUGGCCACGUCAUUCACACAAACGUGCUGCGCGAUGCGGACGGCAAGAGCACCGGCAGCGGCUUCGUCACGUUUCGCGUCACAGACGAGGCGGACUUCGCCAUCAUGUCCAUGCACGAUCGCUACAACAUGGGCCGGGAGAAGCCGCUGCAGGUGUCCUACUGCCGCCGCAGCGAGCGUAUCUCGCCGUUUGGGUACGAACAUGCAAUGAAACUGCGGGAGAAGAACACCACCAACCCUCCACCGCCCCAGCCGACGUCAUCGUGA